UUCUGGGAGUUUGCUGUCAUGGCUCCGAACACAAACAGAAAGCUGUGAAUACGGGCGCGUUUUCUUGUGUUUUUUUAUUUUAAAAACUUCAGCUACAUUUUACUUUUGAAUUUAGAAAAGAAACGACAGGUAUUUUAUUAAGUACAAGCAGAAUUUGACUUCUUUUUUCCCCCACUUUCUUUUCUAAGUGUUUGGCAUUUCUGCUAGCCGCCUAGCCUCAACGUGAUUCUAGUGCUUUCCUCAUGGCUUCUGCUACCUGGACUUGAAGACUGAAGUAAAUCAAGAAAACGUUGAGAAUUUGUCCAAAACAAAUGUUUGUUUCGCAGGAGGUAAGAUGUCCGGGGGAAGCAAAGCGGUUGAGUUACAGCUUCAGUUGAGGCAUAAUGCGGAGGAUCUGCAGAGUUUCAUGAAGGAGCUGGAGAGUUGGGAGUCAGACAUUAAGAAGAAAGAUGAGGCGCUGAGGACAGGAGGUGUCCAGGAGGUUCAGAAGAAACUUCCACCUGUACGCAACAAAGACUACAAAACAAAGAUGAGGGAAAAGAGGAAGAAGACGCAGCCGACUAGUGAUGGUGAAAUAAAAGAAGAUGAGUCCAAACAAGCUUCUCGAAUAAAAGCAUACGACUAUCGAUCAUGGGACAAGUUUGAUGUGGACAAAGCUCUGGCAGAAAUGGAUAAGGAGGAAUCUCAUGCUGAGUCAAAUGAAUCAGAUUCAGAGGAUGCCACAGUUGAUCAGGAGAAAGCUCUGGCUGAAAAGGAAAAGGGUAACAAGUUUUUUAAAGAUGGGAAGUAUGAUAAUGCCAUUGAAUGUUACACCAGAGGGAUGGAGGUUGAUCCAUAUAACCCUGUGCUUCCCACAAAUAGAGCUACCUCCUUUUAUAGACUCAAAAAGUAUGCUGUAGCAGAGUCUGACUGCAACCUUGCGAUCGCUCUUGACAGCAACUACUUCAAAGCAUAUGCUCGGAGAGGAGCAGCUCGGUUUGCACUGAAGACAUAUGAAUCUGCAUUAGAAGAUUAUGAGAUGGUUCUCAAGCUUGAUCCUGGGAAUCUGGAAGCACAAAAUGAAGUGAAGAAAAUCAAAGAGGUCCUUGGACAUCAGGUAUCUACUGUCACAAGUGAAGCCACGCAGACAAGGGAGGCUCCUGUAUUCGAUCCUGAUCAGCAACGGUUAGUGGAGGAACAGCAGAGAAAACAGGAAGCGGUUAUGCAUAAAGACAGAGGUAAUGCUUAUUUCAAAGAGGGGAAGUAUGAAGCAGCUGUAGAGUGCUACACCAAAGGCAUGGAGGCGGACAGCCUGAACGUCCUUCUACCUGCUAACAGAGCCAUGGCAUUCCUAAAGCUGGAGAAGUAUAAUGAAGCAGAGGAGGACUGCACUAAAGCCAUUUUUCUGGACAACACUUACUCCAAGGCUUUUGCCCGCCGAGGCACAGCCAGAGUGUCUUUAGGGAAACUGGAGGAGGCCAAACAAGAUUUUCUGCAGCUGUUAAAAUUGGAACCAGGGAACAAACAGGCCUUGAAUGAACUCCAGAAACUUCAUAUUGACGUGAGUGCCAGUGGUGUCCUUCAAACAGAUGAUGGCUCACGGAGAACGGUCCAGCCAAUAGAUAAACCAGAACAUCUGCGCUCAACUAAACCUCUGAAGAGGGUCGACAUUGAGGAGAUUAGCGGGAAGGUGACGAUGCCUGAGGUGGAGUCUGAUGGGUCAAAGUCCUUAGUUCAGGAAGUGGUAAAGGAGUCUGUGGAUGGAUCCUCUCCUCUGUCAACAUCACCCAGUGCCAAGAUGAUCAAAAUUGAGGAGCUGGCAUCUGAUUCCUUACAUAGAUCUGACCUACAUCCUGCUAACAGACAAUCUGGACGACCACCGCAAGAGGAAACCAUUCCUCCUCCUGACAUACCAAACACACCUUCCUUGACAGAAACAGAUGUGCCUCCUCCACCUGUCAACAGCUUCCAGCUGGAGUCCGACCUCCGAAAGAUUGGAAACCAGCCUGAAGCAAUUUAUAGAUAUUUGAGGCAAAUCAAGCCUGAAUCAUACAUCAGGAUUUUUAACAACUCGCUCGAACCAAACAUCCUCAAUCAGAUCCUGAAGACGCUGCAUGAGUUCUAUUUAAAGAAUGAGCCACCCACCGUCACAUUGGAGACUCUGAGCAAUCUAGCAAACGUGAGGCGCUUUGACAUGGCUGUUAUGUUCAUGUCGUCCCAGGAGAAAAAAGUGCUUAAGGAGUUGUUUGACUUUCUUCUUCAAGCUGAGCCAGACCGACAAUUUGUGGCAGCCUUGCAGAAGAAGUACGGAGUGUGACGUUUGGACUGAGGGCAAAUCAGCUCCUUAGUAAAUUUAGGAUUUCAAAGCCAACUCCAUGAUUUAGUUAUAUAAACUACAUUCGUCUUUAUUCUGUUCACCUUCAUGGAGAUGGACUGCUGAGCUUUACCUCAUCUCCUGGUGUUUUGUUUGGUCUGCCAUCCUCUGCUGUCUGCUCUUUUAGUUCUAAAUCAGAAGCUGGAAAUCCACACAUUCAGUUGUCUGAAAUUCUGAUUUUGGUGCAUUUAAAUAACAAUAACCGAAAAAAAGAACUUAAUAAAAAAUUAACUAUGAACCUUGAUGUCUGUAGAACAGUUACAUUAGUAUUCAUUAAGUGAAAUUAUCAGCAUCUGCAGU